UUGUGCAAUGUAUUUGUGCAUUCCCAGUUGUUUAAAAUACAGUAUUUAGUCAUCACCUGAUCCUUUCUAGAACUUUAUGAAACAUUCUUUAUAAAAUUUAUACUUAUACUAUACUCACUUUGAAAUUCCUGUCUCAAUGCUUGGGUGAAAGCCCUUGCAACAACCUGCCCACCAAGGACAAUUAUCUGUGCUAUAAACCUCGCCUAAACGAGAUAUAAAUAUUAAAUAGAGCAAAGGAAAUACGUGAAAAUAUCAAAUUUUCUUACCAUAACACGUUUUAUCAGUACAACAUCAUGAAUUUGUCUUACGAAAUAUUUCGUGAGAUUUCCUUCUUCAACGUUACUUCAUGAAAGAAAACUAUACUGGUACUGAAACAUCGCGGGCCACAGUUGCAACGAUUACGUGUAUAAAGGAAUGAAAAAAUAAAUAUUAUUCAAAAUGAGCAAAGCAAAAUUUACUAAAGAAGAGCUCAAAGAUAAAUUAGAUGGAAGUGAACUUGAUUUAAGUUUAUGUAAUCUUUCCAAAGUACCAGUCCGAGAAAUAGUAAGUGGUUAAGUUUGUGUUUUAAGUUUAACAAGGACUUUAUAACAUGCCUUGCUGGUCAUCUGGCAGCUAGGUUGAAACCAGACACUGCAGAUAUUUCCACCAACAAUUUGAAUGAACAGAAAAGUACGCCACUUUUUGAAGAAAACCCGUUUAAUUUCUCAAAGAAUCAAAGUUGAUAAUUUUAGUUCACCUGCCUGAUAAUUUAAAAGCAAUAUUACAGUAAUAAAUUAAUCAGAGAAAUAGUACAAUGACUUACUUUCAGUUUUCAAAAUGGUGGUAUAUAAAAAUGAUAUAAGGCCAUAUAAAAAAAAAUAGUUGGUUAGCGUCCUUAGCUUUUGUCAAAAAGUGGGCGGGCGGCCGCUUUUUUUUAAAUUGUUACUAAUUUUUAACGCCUUGGUUUUACUCACUGUUAGGUCCGAAACUGGAUUUUCUUGCGCUAGUACAGAUAUUUUUUUAUAUAUUUCAAAAUAUAAUUCAUACCGUCACUUUCGCACGCAAUUUCGCAAAUUAUUAACACAAUUGACUACAGUCAACAGAAAUACUACAUACAUUAGAGCCCGUUGAUCAAUAAAAGUCGGGGUUUUUUUAAAUAAAAAAAAAUCCUGAGCGGGGCCUUUUUUGUGGGCGGGCGGCGACGCUAACCAACUAUUUUUUUUUAUGUGGCCUAAAAUCCUGGCUGUUCAUGAUGCUGCAUGUUCUAUGAUCGAUGAGCGAUUGCAGAAAUGAUGGUCUUGGCAGCAACUGUGCAAAUUAUUUGUCGACUUGCUGUAAAAAAUGCCGCACACACCAAAAAAAGAUAGAUACAGUAGAUACAAAAACAUGUAUGACCAUCAAAGUGAGGAAUCCAUGUUUUGACUUGAAAAUAUCUGCUAAAAAUCCCAUGUUUUUCCAAAGGCAUUUCUGAGCACAUUUCUCCUGCUGGAUAGCAUCCGAAUGCAAUCCGGCUGGGAUUAAACUCAGUACUAGAGAUGGGAUCAGUGCUAUUCAUCUGCCACAUAUUUUUGGCCACUGGAAUGAGUUACAAAUUCAUGUUGUGGGCCAAUGAAGAAGCUGAUAAGAAUCACUGACCUACCAUUUUAAAUACAUGUAGUUCAUAUUUUAUGACUUUACUCCCCUCCAUGGCUGUCUAAUGCCAAAUGAUUUUGAUUGUCGACACUGGCGCUCAAUGGGUUAAAUACAGUAGUUGCAAUUGACAUACAGUAGUAUACAUAUGUAAUGAUACCAACACACAUACUGAUCAGGCCUAAUUGAAUAUUAGCUAAAAAUUGUGAAGUAACUCUAGAUAAGUUUAUCAUAUACUUUUCAUUAGAGUGGAGAGGAAAGAUUAGGACACUUCAUUUGCUUUUUUCUUCUGCUCUAAAUUUGCAUCACAUGCCUACUCAAGUCAAGGCCGGAUUAACGUUUCGCAGGGCCUGUGGCAUAUUAUGAGCGCGGGGCUCCUUUACCCCAUGACAUAUUUUUAGACACUGAAUUCAGCAAGAUUAAAAAAAUAUCCUUUUGUAUUUUGUGCGUUGAAAAGUUUCCUGUGUAUUUACAAAAAAAAAAGAAUUAUACAUCAAUAAUUUGAUCGAACUGAAAUUCAACCCAGUUUAUACCUUUACAGUAGAUUUCACAUAACUUUUCCCUGAAUGUUGCGAACUUCGUUCCGAACUUCGUUGUGAAGUUCAAAAGUUCAUACUGAAAUUCGCAAGCCGGUUUGUAAACAAAGCUUCUGAUUGGCUUAUUUUUGUUCAGAGACCAAUCAGAGGCUUUGUUUACAAACCGGCUUGUAAAUUUCAGUAUGAACUUUUGAACUUCACAAUGAAAUUCGGAACGAAGUUCGCAACAUUCAGGGAAAAGUUAUAUGAAAUUAACUGUAACAUUAUUAUUUACAGGGGAUCUUCAGCAAUCUUUUAGUAUUGAACAGUUUUCUGCAAAUUUUGAAAUUUUCUGACCCCUAUGAUUUUUUUGGCCUCGCUUUUUGGAGCCCCUUGCCCAAAGAAGGAACAGAAAAAUUUGUUUGUGACCCCGCUUUUGGAGCUUAGCUUUUUAAACUUCAAAUAGGGCCUCACAGUUCUUUAUUUUGGAGCUAAUUCGCUUUUGGGGGCCUUGGACUCUUUGGGGCCCCGUGCUGUUUAGAUCCCACACUGAAACAGGGAACAAUAAACCACUUGGCCCCCCACUCUUUGGCGUCUUAAUUUUUAAAUUUUGGGCCCUGAUGUUUUCUGGGGACCUUGGGCCCUUUGGGACCUGGCGCUGAAACAGGGAACAAAGAAAACCGUUCGGGCCCCGCUUUUUUGGGCCUCGCAUUUGCUGGGUUUUUUUUUUGUUCAUUAGGGAAUAGGUAGUCUAGUAUGCCUAUCCUGAAUUGUGAGGCAUGUACUGUAGUCAGUACAAUCUAAUAUAUUUUUGUGUUAUUUGUAGGCUUCACUACCAAAAGCUACCUCUCUUGAUUUAUCAUGUAACAUAUUAACAACAUUACCAGUAAGUGAUUAAAUACACAAAUUUCAUGCUGUAAAUCCUCCAUUUACCCCCUCCCCCCCCACUCAUAAGCCCUCCCCCAGUCUGAUAUGCACACCUCAACCUCCCCUCACAAUUAGCAACAUUUGUAUCAGACAACUAUUUGAUUAUAUGUUUUAAUGGUUCAUUUAUUGAUUUUUCACUUUGCCUCUCAGCAGUGGCGUAGCCAACCCGACAAUUUGGUCACACUAUGCAAAUAUUUCCAUGUUUAUAAACCGUGAAAACAAUCAAUUUCUAAAGAAAUGAAUGAUGAUAAUGAUUUGAAAUUUGCAUAGCAUGACCAAAUUGUCGGGCAGGCUAUGCCACUGCCUCUCAGCAAUAAAUGAAUAACCCUCUCUAUUUUGGACCCUCCUCUACAAUAUAGGCUGGAUCGAUAUCGCAAAUACCGAAUACCGAUAUACCGCCAUCAGAAUACCGGUAAAUACCGGUAUUCCGGUAUUUUUAACGUGUUUUUUUUUAAGCUAAACUGAAGUGCUGACCGUCAAGAAAAAUCAAGUUUUGACAAAAUAUUAAUGUGGCACAUACUGUUAUUAGUGCAAAUGUCACAAGAUUCGCAUUAUCAAGCUAUGUUAACAAUUAACAGCGCUAAGCGGCAAUUAUUAGUAGGAAAAAGAAAGAAAAAUAUUCGUUUUGUAUAUAAAUUCAGAUAGUGUUUCAGUAAGCUGCUAAUAGUUAUAAACAUAAAAAACGUUGCAUUUUUAAAACUAACACAUAAACAAGUUAGCAUGUCAGUUAAAUAAGAUUAAAAACAACAAAAAGUUACCUUCUUAUACUGCCCGAUAAAAAAACAGACUUGAAAAGCCAGAAAAGGUUUUCGCUGUUUCGCAAAUGCUAGUACUUCCACUUUCCAAAAUCAAAGUUUUCUUUUUUGUCGAAAUUUUCCUUUAAAAAUUUGGCCAUUUUUAUAUUUCCGAUUAGGGCGAUUUAAUAAACAAGACGUCUGGUAUUGCUAAACCAAAGCUGCUAGAACUGUAAGAACAAAAUCAUGCAUCUGUGAGUAUUAACUUUGCUUUCUAAACGUGAUUGUAAGCAAGUUUGACUUGAAAUAGCGUUUCAUUUCGGUAUUAGGCAGCAAAAUACCGAAAUGUCGGUAUAUCGGUAUUUUUAAAUUGUCAAUAUCGCCAAACCGGUAUCUAAACAAAUACCGGUAUAUCGGAUAUAUCCGGUAUAUCGAUCCAGCCUACUACAAUAUGCCCCCCUCCUUGGGGGUUGGCCUUUUGAGGGUUGGCCUUGGGGGACGAUUCUUUAAUAGGAUCAAAAUAUCACCAUUUGAAUUUACGCUUUAAUUUAGAUGUUUCAGUUUUUGUUCUAUAUUUUCUUUUCUUAAAUUGUCAGCUGGUUCUGGCUUUUGGACAAAUAUCCAUAUUAUCAGCCCUCGAAAACCGUCAAAAUUGAGGUCGGCAAAAAAAUGCCGACCUAGGUCUCGGCAUUUUUUUAAAUCUGUUUCCAUGUCUUGGAGCACUAGUAAUCAUGUAUUUGCAAAUCAUUGAAAUCGGAAUACAAAGCAUGCCUUUUUCCCCGGAAACGUGAACUACAGUAACACUGACAACAGCUUUUCUUUUGGAGUCUUAAUUACCUAAAUUAUAUAUAGAAUAUCUGUCAAUUUUUAAACCUUACAUUAAAGUGUGUUCAAAUAGUUAAUCAAACUAUGAAUCGAAUUCUAUAAUCGCUGACUUUUUAAUAGCAAUCAGCAGCAAAAAAUUCUUACUUUGGUUGAAUUAAGGUCGGCAAAAAUUUGCCGAGCUGGGAGGCUGAUUUGAUAGGUCGACAUUGCCGAAUGCCGACCUCGUUUUCAAGGGCUGUAUUAUGAUUAGGUUUUGUGCAUGGUGCAUGUCUCUAAAUUCUUAGAACUGCAAAUGUUGUAACUUUCUCCACUUUUGUCUUUUCCAGGUCACAUUCUCCACGUUGACUCAGCUGACUAAGUUGGACUUGAGUAAAAAUAUGUUGACUGAAUUACCAGAUGAUUUUGGUCAUUUAGUUAACUUACUAAGACUUGACCUCUAUAGCAAUAAAUUAGCAACGAUGCCAGUCAGUUGUGUUCAUCUGAAGAGAUUAAAAUGGCUUGAUUUGAAAGAAAAUCCAAUUCAGACAUUGUUACCCAAUGUAGUUGGAGAUUGUCUCAGUGCUGAGGAAUGUAAACGCUGUGCUGAUAAUGUAAGUUCAAAUGUCAGAUAACACAUACAUGGACAAAAUUCUAACUUUCAAUUGAAAAUCAUGUGUUGGUUGCAUACUCUAAAUUAUAUCCCAUCUUGUCUUUGAUGUACGUGUUUAAAAUAUCUGAUAAACUAUAUAAUAUAUACUAAAUUAGUCAGUGAAAACAAAACUUUUUAAUAAAAUUUACGUAAACUACUAAUCAUGAUACAAUGUUAUGUGAAUGUGAAAACAUUUCUAGCUUGUAAAAUAUGUCAUUUUAAUGCACAUUUUUAGAUGAUUGCGCACCUCAAGGUGAAAAAUUCAGAACAGGAAAGAAUAAGACAGAGAAAAUUGAAAGAAGAACGAGAAAUAGAAAGAGGUCAAUAUUUCUUUUAUAUUCACUAUAGGUUGUAGUUUACUUGGUUGUUGUUUUUUUUUUACUUUCUAAGAAUAAGUUAAUCAAACAUUUUUUUUUGAAAAAUAGGACAAAUUCUCAACUGACAACACCACUCUCCCGCUAAUCCGAACGAAACUAUCAGAUAUUUUUAACUAUUCCCAAAUCACAUUAAACCGAUUUGCAAAAAGCAGCAGCAAAGUGUCCAUUUUUCCUGAACGUAGUGUAAUGGCUUAUACACAAGUCAAAUUAGCUGGAUCAUUCGUCAAGGCAAGGUUUGUCGUAGCCGACGUUCUCCGAUAGCUAAUCUUGACUGAUGAUGCGUUUUGUUAUCACAUUUAAACACAGACAAAUUAUAAGAUGAACAACCUUUUGUUAUCCCAAACCUGCGUUCGUCGCUAUAAUUCAGCCUAUGGAAAUUAAUAGUUAACAUUAAAACGAAGUACUGAUGCAAAAUUGAGCGCUAACCAUGCACCAUAAUUUGAGACACUGUAUCUGUUCGCUUCAGAAAAAAAAGUUUUGGAAGAAGCCAAUGCAACUAAAGAGCGAGAAUUAAGAAAAAGACAAAAAUUGUCAGAGAAGCAAGAAAGAAGAGCAGCUUAUGAAGCGAUGGAAAAACAGAAGAAAUUAAUGGCGGAGGAAGCCGAGGGAAAGUUGCAAGGUUGGAUAAUUGUUACUGUACUUGGUAUUAUAAUGACCUUCAGUUGUUAAUUACCAGCUGACUAUACGGAGAUAGUACAGUAGGUGACGUUUCUCGUAGUGCUUGAAACCCAGUUAAAGAGCAUUUAGGAUGUGAAGAGAACGACGUGACAAAGAAUUUCUUCGAGAACUGCCUUUAAGUGAAAUUCUUCAAUAAUAAUAAUGUCUUGACUCUCUCAUGGAGAGCACGAAAACGAAAUUGAAUGUGGAAGAAUGGAAUAAAGAACUGCAAGCCUGGGAACGAGGUUGCUGCAGAACCGACUGUAAAUUGCUUCGUAUAAAUAACGUCUGACGUUUAUAAUAUAGGGCGAUUGAAAGUUUUGUCUAGCGGUUAAACCAUAAAUAUACAGUAAUCAAUAUUCACAAGAGUAAAAAAUUGCGCAACCUCUUUGUAUCUACUUGUAUAAAUGUGUUCAGACAGAACACAUUUGAGUGUUAAUUUUGUCUAAAUUUUUUUUUAUUGGUUUUCAUGAAAGCAUUAGAUUAGUUCUACUAUCUGACCAAGUUUGGACGAAAAAUGUUGAAAACUCGCAGAGUUAUUUAAUAAAAUACAUUUCGCUUGCAAUAAGAAAAACAUUGAAAAUGUAAUAUUCAAAUUCAAUUUUCUCCCGAAGAAUUUUACGGCAAUUACUGAUUUUAAAACGAGCUGUGCUCCUGCGGGUUUCAACGAAUUUCUCUCAAAUUUUCACAGGACAUAGCUAAAGACGUCAGUUUCAAAAUUGUGUUCGGCUUUUUUCUAAUUUUGGAUAUUUUAAUAAUAAGGAGCAAUUCACACAAACGAUUCAGAAAUAUAUUGCAGUCGUCAAAGAAAUCGCCAUAUCAGCGGAACGACGAAAUAAACAAAAAUUUCCGAACAAAAUUUUUUAGAACAACUAUUUUACUGUAUAAAAAUGAUAUUUUCAUAAAUAUAUCUUAAAACCAGCAGGAACAUAACUCAAAAGCGUAAAGGUACCGCGACUUAAGAUUUUCCUGAAUAAUUCUUACAUUAUUUUAUUGUUUGUCAAUUUUACAACUUUAUCAUAUUUUGAAUGCACUGGCUAACAUUUGGUGAAAAUUUGAUGAAAAUCGGACUGAUUUUGAGCGCGCAGUAACGAUUUUCCACAAAACGCCAAAAAGGGUGCCCUGUAACCUUAAGUAGAUACACAGAUGACGUCAUAACCUGUUUUUUUAAUUAUCCAAAAUUGAUUUGUAAUCUGGAUUUAGUUGUCGUGAACAUAUCAAGGCGACCAAUAUAAUAGAGUGUUAAUAUAUAUCUGUAUAUCUCCAGUGAAGACCAGUGUGGAUUAUAACAAUUUCGCUUGGGUCUGACAAAUGUCCGAUCAACUAUGUAGUUGCUCGGACAUUGGCUAAUAAUGAUCGGCCAGCUUUUCAAAAUUUACAUUCAAUUGACGAGCUAUCAAUUUGAUAGUUCGGCAUGCUGAUCACUCCUCGCUUGAUCAAUCACAUUACUUAAUUUUUGGCAAGCAGUAAUGCCAUUGUAUAUUGUUUAGGGGAAUUUUCUGCAUGUCUAUAGUACCAUAAACUUGUGAUGUGAUUUUGUUGCUUGUCACAGCAAAGCCAAGAAAACAUUUUGUGUUCCUUCUCUCGCUUUUAUGCUUUAUGAACAGUACCGUACUAGUCAAAUAGUAUACCUUUCAUUUAAAUGAAAACUGCCUAUUUUAUUUGCUCGGUCAAAAUAUCCGUGCAGAAUAAGAUUAAUCGGCCAUUUAGUGUUUUUGUUCGGCAAGUAGCCGAUUGCCGACCGUUAUAAUGCACACUGGUCAAGACUGAUUCCCACAUAGCAAGAGUAGUCAUGGAUACAGACUAUUUCACAUGUCAUAUGAACCCCCGCUAUAUAUGGACUUGCCUAUACCUCUAUAUGGACUUGCCUGCUUACGAGUCGUUGUCGAGUUGUUCUGAAAGUCGAGUUAGUCGUUAGAAAGUAAUUUGAAUUCGCAGAAAGUAUAUAGAGGGAAGAAGCAAUGAAAAUGUUUUACGUUUCGUUAUAUAAUAAUUAUUUAUUUAUCUAAUAAUUUUAAUCAUUUCAAGUUAUUCUUACCUUUCCGCUGUUCAAGCUCCGACUUCCUUGAGUUCUUUAUUCAAUUCGUCACUUGAAAACAAAUUUCUUCGUGUUUUCGAUCUCCAAACAGUUCUCGAAAACUGUUUGUUGUUCGUGUACUUAACAGCACUCGAGCUCGCCGUUUUUAAUUUUUUACGAAUUGUUACUACGCGAGACGCAAUAACGUGCUAUCUCUCUCAGUCAGCCAAUUAUUACAAAGUUCAUUAUUAUGUCACAGCUUUUUAUACGAUUGCGGCUGAACAAAGCAUUAUGGGUAAUUAAUUAACGCGGGCUUUAUGACAUCAUUUAAUUGAACCUAUUCAUUAAAACACGUAACUAAAAGAAACUUGAAUAACUUAGUCAUAGAUUAUAGAUUAUACCAGAUGUCUCACUCAGCCAAAAUUGUGUCCGCGAUUUUUUAUGAGCACGAAUUGGCCGCCAUUUUGGCAGUAAGUGUAAAUCCACGCCAUGAAACGUGAGCAAUCACACCUUUUGGCAGUAAGCGCCAUUUUGGCAGUAAGUGUCGUACGCGUCAUCUGGCGUGAUAGCCUUGCGAAAAUCGCGGACACGAAAAUCAUAGAGAUAGAUACACUGUGAGACAUCUGGUAUGAUCUAUAAUCUAUGACUUAGUUCUUGCACUUCACUUGGUGGAAUUAAUAUUAGGAUGUUAGGGUUUGUAAUCCAAGUGAGAAUAUAUACAUUUUAAGACCUAACCAGGAACGACUACGAAAAAUGCAGCACAAGGUCCUCUGGUAGGAAUCGAACCUACGGUCUCACGUUUCAGUAAAUUGCUUGAAUUUUCGGCAAAAGAGUUUGGUGGAAUUUCUGAGUUUGAACAUUAGAACAUUGGAAGUCAACAAGUUUUCACUUUUCAUUAACCAGAAUUAAAUACUGGUUGUUUUACCGCCAAAAUGUUUGGUCAGAUUGGCGUUAUCUGAAAGAAAGUCAUUGAACAAUGACGUUCGUUCAUUUGUUUGUAGUUAGUGAGUGUCCACAAUAGGUGCGACGUGGAAUAACGUUGAUUUGAGGAAUGCAAGGGAAUGCAGGUAUUGCAAGGGAAGAGAAAUGACUGGAUUCGGGAUUUCAAGCAGUGGCGGGCCACAGGAUGAGAAGAAUCUAGGAAAAACAUGCGCAAUAAUAAAACGUUUGAGCACGGGAUUCGCGAUUUAAGAACCGCGUGUAUUGUGGACCCUCAUUACUAGGUUAUUUCUAUUGUGUAUCUUUAACAGGUUCUUGUUGUAUGGCCAGGUGACGUGAUAGAGUUGACGUUUUAUACAAUUUUUAUGUUUUAGACGAAAAAUCUGUCAACGAUGAACACGUUUCACAGAAUGGAAAAGAAAAUAAAAGAAUAGGUAAAAAUUGGUUUAAGUAUAUUGACUGGAUUUAGUACAGAUCAUGCAGAUUUAUGUUUGUCCAUACACGUUUACUCCGGUUUUGUCCUUGAAUAUGCAGUUAUAACGUAUAAUACUUUGUAAAGGUCUGAUUCCACAAGCGCUUUUUCUCGGCGAAAUUGUUUUCUUUGUCUUUUUUUGCGUGUUAAGAAAUUGUGGAACAGGAGCAAUUACUGGGCGUGCAGAAAUUGUUUUCGCGAAGAAACCUGCUCUCUGCUGUAGAUUGCGCACCGACACCUGUGCCACAGAUAUUUAUGCUUGUUAUAUAGAGCGAUAAAGCACAUAAUAAAAUAGUUAACUAUAUUAGGGGGAAAGGUAGUGAAGUAUUGCCCAAAUACUGCCAUAGAUACAUUAUCCGGUUACCAUUUUUCCUUGACCAGCAUCCGGUAGACUACCAUAUCCAGUAUAUCCAGUCAUGCAGUAUGCGGCUCAUCCAUAUAAACCCCUUGCAAUAAUAUACACUUUAAACCAGGUUAAAACUAACGUUAUGUCAAAGUCUUUAUAGUCAAUUAUAUAUUUUUCCCGUUGUGUAGAGAGAUCACGCUGUUCCAUUAUGAUGAUUAUUGUUCUCAUUGGAUUAAUAUUGGGAAUAUCUGGUUUGAUUAUAUAUUGCAAUAAAAAUGACUGCAUUUUUACAAGAUUAAAGCAAAUGUUAUAAAAAUAUUUUUAAUAAUAAAUAUGAUUGUAAAGCUAUGAAAUCAGAAUAAAUGCCAGUUGAAAACCGGGUGUAAAUGUAAACCGUUGGAUGCUGAUCCGUCACUAAAUAUCUUUAUGAAACAAGGGUUCGGGGUUCUAAACUCUCCGCGAGUAAGGGCGUCA